AUGGCGAGUGUAAAACCUUAUCAAUUUGAACCAGCUUGUUCAAAUGAGCGGGAUUCAAACAAUUUUACUGAAAAUAAUGAUUUUAAAAUUAACGUAAAUAAUCGAAGUGGUAAAUUAAAUUGGUGCAAAUGUGGACAGUGCGUAGUUAUGAUGACGCAUCAAGAAAGCGUCUGUUGUCAAGAAAGUGAAAAAGUAAAACAAGUUAGUGGAAUAGCUGGUUGUGUGACACACAAUGUUUUAUUCAACAAACUAGUUAUAGAUAAGAUGUUUUAA